AAAAAAGGAGUGAAUGGAGAGCCUUUUUUAAAAGGAAGUAAAUGACCAGAGAAAGUGUUGCAGGUGAGAAAACAGUGCUACUGAAGGGUGAACUCAGAGCUUGGCAAAAUGGAAAGCAGGAGUAGGUGAUGGAUGUGGACGUGGGUCUGUGAAGCAGUGCGGCGUGGCCCGAGCACGAACAUGUCCAGGCUACUGCCACCGUAGAACACUAAGGCUUGGUGACACGUGCUUCCCGGGAAAUCAGGCGUGGUCUGGCCCAGGAACAAGAAGCACAUCCUCACCAAUGACAUCAUGACAGCAAGAGAGCACAGCCCUCGCCAUGGUGCCAGGGCCCGUGCCAUGCAGCGGGCUUCCACCAUUGACGUGGCGGCCGACAUGCUGGGCCUCUCUCUCGCAGGAAAUAUACAGGAUCCAGAUGAGCCCAUUUUAGAGUUCAGCUUAGCCUGCAGUGAGCUGCAUACCCCGUCGCUAGAUCGGAAACCAAAUAGUUUUGUAGCAGUGAGUGUCACCACCCCUCCUCAGGCCUUCUGGACAAAGCACGCGCAGACAGAGAUUAUCGAGGGAACCAACAACCCUAUCUUCCUAAGCAGCAUUGCCUUCUUUCAGGACUCUCUUAUCAAUCAGAUGACACAAAUCAAGCUAUCUGUAUAUGAUGUCAAGGAUAGAUCUCAGGGAACAAUGUAUUUACUGGGCUCUGGAACGUUCAUUGUCAAGGAUCUGCUCCAGGACAGGCAUCAUCGGUUGCAUCUAACACUAAGGUCUGCAGAGAGUGACCGUGUGGGAAACAUCACCGUGAUCGGCUGGCAGAUGGAGGAGAAGUCAGACCAGCGGCCCCCCGUGACUCGGUCUGUGGACACUAUCAAUGGGAGGAUGGUGCUGCCUGUUGAUGAGAGUUUGACUGAGGCCUUGGGAAUUCGAUCUAAAUAUGCUUCAUUGCGAAAAGACACUUUACUGAAAUCAGUGUUUGGUGGCGCCAUCUGCCGCAUGUACCGCUUCCCAACCACGGAUGGUAACCACCUUCGGAUCCUGGAGCAGAUGGCGGAGAGUGUGCUGUCCCUGCACGUGCCCCGACAGUUUGUGAAGCUGCUGCUGGAAGAAGACGCAGCCAGAGUCUGUGAGCUGGAGGAGUUGGGGGAACUGUCCCCUUGCUGGGAGAGCCUCCGGCGCCAGAUUGUCACCCAAUACCAGACCAUCAUCCUCACGUACCAGGAGAACCUGACUGACCUCCAUCAGUACAAAGGUCCCUCAUUUAAAGCAAGCAGUUUGAAAGCAGAUAAAAAGUUAGAAUUUGUUCCCACAAACCUGCAUAUACAGAGGAUGAGAGUUCAAGAUGAUGGAGGAUCAGAUCAGAACUACGACGUUGUCACCAUUGGAGCACCAGCAGCACACUGCCAAGGUUUUAAGUCAGGAGGUCUCCGCAAAAAGCUGCACAAAUUUGAAGAGACUAAGAAACACAGUUUUGAGGAGUGUUGUACCUCCUCUAGCUGCCAGUCCAUCGUCUACAUCCCACAGGACAUCGUCAGGGCCAAGGAGAUCAUCGCCCAGAUCAACACCCUGAAAACCCAAGUGAGUUACUACGCAGAGCGGCUCUCAAGGGCGGCCAAGGACAGGUCGGCCACUGGCCUCGAGAGGACGCUCGCCAUCUUGGCAGACAAGACCCGGCAGCUGGUCACUGUCUGCGACUGCAAGUUGCUGGCCAACUCCAUCCAUGGGCUGAACGCUGCACGGCCUGACUAUAUCGCCUCGAAGGCCUCCCCCACCUCGACUGAGGAGGAGCAGGUGAUGCUUCGAAACGACCAGGACACGCUCAUGGCCAGGUGGACAGGGAGGAACAGCCGGUCUUCCCUGCAGGUGGACUGGCAUGAGGAGGAGUGGGUCCUGUCGCUUUGGAAGGAGAAAGUGUGGCUGAACGUGGACAAGAGCCUGGAGUGCAUCAUCCAGCGGGUGGACAAGCUGCUGCAGAAGGAGCGUCUGCACGGCGAGGGCUGCGAGGACGUCUUCCCCUGUGCCGGCAGCUGCUCCAGCAAGAAAGGUAACCGCGACAGCCAUGCCUACUGGAUCAGACCGGAAGACCCCUUCUGCGAUGCCCCCUCCUCGCCAUGUCCUUCCUCCAUGCCCACUGCUGCAUGCCGUCCUCACCCGAGCACACAUUGCAGCCCCCCUCCUGAAGAGUCCAGCCCAGGUGAAUGGAGCGAGGCCCUCUACCCGCUGCUGACCACCCUCACUGACUGCGUGGCCAUGAUGAGUGACAAGGCCAAGAAGGCCAUGGUCUUCCUGCUCAUGCAGGACAGCGCCCCCACCAUUGCCUCCUACCUGAGCCUACAAUACCGCCGCGACGUGGUCUUCUGCCAAACUCUGACAGCCCUCAUCUGUGGCUUCAUCAUCAAGCUGCGGAACUGCCUGCACGACGACGGCUUCCUGCGGCAGCUCUACACCAUCGGGCUGCUGGCCCAGUUCGAGAGCCUGCUGAGCACCUACGGUGAGGAGCUGGCCAUGCUGGAGGACAUGAGCCUGGGAAUCAUGGACUUGAGGAAUGUGACCUUUAAAGUCACGCAGGCCUCUUCCAGCGCGUCAGCGGACAUGCUGCCUGUCAUCACAGGAAAUCGGGAUGGAUUUAAUGUGCGGAUCCCCCUGCCAGGCCCACUCUUUGACACCCUGCCACGGGAGAUCCAAAGCGGCAUGCUGCUGCGUGUGCAGCCAGUCCUCUUCAACGUGGGCAUCAACGAGCAGCAGACCCUGGCUGAGAGGUUUGGGGACACAUCUUUACAAGAAGUCAUCAAUGUGGAGAGCUUGGUGCGGUUAAAUUCCUACUUCGAGCAGUUUAAGGAAGUUCUGCCUGAAGAUUGUCUGCCUCGGUCCCGGAGUCAGACCUGCCUCCCGGAGCUGCUGAGGUUUCUGGGUCAGAACGUGCACGCCCGGAAGAAUAAGAAUGUGGACAUCCUCUGGCAAGCUGCUGAGAUAUGCCGCCGCCUUAAUGGGGUCCGGUUUACAAGCUGCAAGAGUGCCAAGGACCGCACGGCCAUGUCGGUGACACUGGAGCAGUGCCUGAUCCUGCAGCACGAGCAUGGCAUGGCCCCACAGGUCUUCACCCAGGCCCUGGAGUGCAUGCGCAGUGAGGGUUGUCGAAGAGAAAAUACAAUGAAGAAUGUUGGAAGUCGCAAAUAUGCAUUUAAUUCCCUGCAGCUGAAGGCUUUCCCCAAGCAUUACAGGCCUCCCGAAGGGACUUACGGAAAAGUUGAAACAUGAACACACGUUUUCCUCUAAUUAGCUGUCUCAUAAAUAUGGGUACCCUCUAGUGUUCUAUGCGAAUUCUUCAAGAAGACUGGGAGGUUGGCUUUUUAUUUUUGUGGUUUUUUAAAAAAUAUUUCACUAAAGAGUCUAUGGAGCAUGUUCUUUCCAUUGGAAUCCAUAGGAGGUAAUGUUGGCUCAGUAGCGUGAAUAAUAACUAUACCCAUUUUAAGUAGCCUUCAGCUGUCACCACAGCUAGUCCUGGUAGUCACCUAAGAAGCCAGCUAGCUCUGUCUGAAAUGCCAGAGGACCUUUUUGAACACCCACUUAGACACUGCUCACCUAACUUAUUUUUCUAAGUAACUCAAAGUGAGCACUGAUGACAAUCUCCUUCGUACACUUCUGACUGUAGAGCAGUCAGUCGUCUGUGAACGGCCGGGCCCAGGCAGACUGGUAACUGCUAACUCAAGCUCGGGGGACUCAUUCCUUAUGCAUUAUGUGCUGCCACCUGUAAAAGCCAAGGUCGAGAGACUGAGCAGUCACCGUGAGCCAAGCCUCAAUGUGGUGACCCCCAGAGGAACCCCACCCUGGGCCACGCCUCCUGCUGUCCAGUGAGCUCGACCACAGGGGGUCUGAGUCCAGAGCCAACAGCGCAGUCCCCAAGUGCUGUCUGCUCCUAAGCGCAUGCGUAGGUCCCACUGUGCUGAGUUCCUCCUUCCUCCCUGGAAGUUCAGUCCUGAAGGACCACAAAUGUUACAUGGCUGAUGUCUAAGAAAAAAUGCUUUUGUGGGGAAUCUAUGACUGUGUAGAGAUAGUGGAAACCUAAAUAUUUUCCAAACAAAAAUUCUCUUGUGGGAUUUCCAAUAGAUCAUUUUCUACAAGCCAAUACAAUCAUGUGUGAAUGUCUAAUCAGAGUGGCUUAUUUUUAGGUUUGCAAUAAUGGUUAUGUUCCUCUUCUCAUUCUGCUGUAUGACUACUGAGAAACAGUUGAAGUUAUCUCUUCAAAUGAGAUUCUGAAAGGGGUUCAUGAGCCAGCAAUCUUUGCAGUUUCAUAGAAAAUGGUGUGGUCAUCUUUUAUGAGAUGAUGAUGAGUCUUAUCUGCACAUAGCAGAAAUUUUUCUCCUUAGGAGUUCUAUGUUUUAGCCAUUUUUUAAAAAAUCAGGAUUAUGUUUACAUAUUAUAUAAAAGGCUGUAAACAGAGUAUCUGUGGCACGUUUAAACGAUGCUGAUUCUAAUGAUUUGUAAACACACUGGAAAUACAUACUAUUCUGGAGGAUAUUCUUUUGGCUCCUUUAGAAACAUAAACUUGGGCCUGGAGUGAAGCACAGACAGGACCAGUCCUUGGCAGGGACACAGAGUAGUUGAGCAGGAGGCAGGGAUAGAGCUGGGUGACCAAGACCCCUUCCUACCAGGAGGCAGUGUGCAGACAGCCUGCUGUCGCCUACGGCCUGCUGGGAGGAUGGGAACUGGUAUGGGGACACUUUCUUGAGGGAUGGUGACAACUCAGCAUCCCUCCCUCAUCUAUGGGUUUGUGGAGGGCAAGUGGCAGAGAAACUGUCCACCAAACCUACUGGUGUCAGCUCUUCCCCUUCAUCGGUCUCUGGUCAAAGGCAGUUCGUUCUCCACGUGGCUCAUGUAAGCCCGUCACCUCUCUUACCAUUUCACUUGUUAUUUCAGUUCCAUCUUUUCCUAUUUUAAUAUCACUACCUUUCAAAACUCUGAUUUUUUAAAAAUGAAAUGUUACUCAUUGUUUCCUAGCCUUUUUGAUCCAAAGAACAUUAAAUAUCUGCAUUUAUAAAGGGAAUAACAGCAAGUGCAGUUUUGCAUGGGGCAUCUUAAUGUGGAUUCUUUUUCCAGUUUUUGGUUUCUGUUACGGGUCACCAUAACGCUAAGACUUGGCUAGUUGUGUAAAAGAUUCCAGCUUCAGGGUGCUCUCUGAAAGCACGUGACUGGCUCCUGGUGGUGUUGGGGACAUACUGGUCAGCCUUAGGUGGACCCAACUCCUUGGGUCUACGUGGAGGACCCCGACCUUCCCGCCACAUCAGGAAGGCCAUGUGACAGCUUCCGUCCAGUGUCCCCCUCACCCCUUUAAAAAAGGAAUGUUGUGAUAUAGGGACAGUGGGGAGGUCAGGUGGAUUCUGUUAGAGCUCCUGCAGCACAGAUGCCUUCAGUUUUAAGAUGUAAAAAUAUUGUAUAAUACAGUUUUGUCCCCACACAAUUGUACUUGCCAAGCUAGUGUGUUAAAAUACUUUUAUUUAUUUGUUUUGGGCAGUAUUAAUAUAAAUAUAUAUAUAUAAGCAUAGUUACCGUUUUAUAUAUUCUUAGCUCAUUCAAAGCCAUGUAUGCUGUAAAUGUGCUAGUCUUUAGAAUGAUGGACAAUAAAUCACUGACAUUAA